AUGGCCGGCGAUUCAACCCCCAAAGCCAACCUCAAUGCCGACCACAGCGAAAGCGAUUACGCCCAGCGGUUCGAAAUCUCAGAAAGAGCCCAUACAACUGCAGUGCGGACUGAAUCUGAAACUCAAGGUCUAGAGGGCAGCACCGGCACCACCGGCGCGUCCAACGAUGCCACUAGAGCGCUUCUUGGUCUACAAGAGCAGCACGUGGCAGCACCCAAAAGAAAAAGGGCAAAGCCAGCUAUUACGUUGCGGCCCACCGCCAGCUUCGGUGCCUAUCACGACUUCAUGCAGAAUUUGGUGACGCGUAUGGGGCCAAGGCAUUUUGCGGCCUACGAAGAUAGUGUAUUCAGACACUACGUCCAAUUUGGCCCACCUGGCGUCGAUCUUCCCACCUUUGAGCACAUUUUGAGUCAGUGGGACAAGAAGAGCAAAAAAUUCGUCUUCACCGAUAGGAAUGAUGGAGAAGAGAUCCCAUGCUCAUUCAACCUUGAGUGGGUAAUGGAGCAUACAUGGUUCUCCAAUGAGGGGCUUCAUGUUGACCACAAUCGGGACAGGAAAAAUAGGAUUUGGUCCAGGUUCUUUGACAAACCCGAGGCGGGGGGUUCCAGCAGUAUAGCUCCCCCCAAAGGAGGCCCCACCAGACGCAAUGUGGAGGACCUGCUCUUGAAGCUGGUACUAUCUUCUGAUCGCCGAGAUGUGAAGGACUUUGUCCUGCUACAGAUCCUCUAUCAGCUGAGCAUGAUUUGGUGUCCAAGCAGUGUUUCCGGCGUUCCUAGGCAUUUAUUCAAGUACGUCGACAGCAUCGAACAGGUCAACAACACUGCUUGGGGGACCUAUAUAUUCAGUGAGACAUCUGACGCGAUAGAGAGGGCACUGAAGGGUCCUGAGCCAGGGAAGACGACAUUAUAUCUGCAAGGGUGUACCCCUCUAGUUUGUUUGUGGUAUUAUGAACUCACCGGCAUCAAGAAGCCAGCACUUGGUUGUACGGUGAGGCCUCCCCUGACAAAUUGGGUGAGACUUGGGCACGUUGCUGGUUCUUUGAGAUUGGCCACUGUUGUUGCGAAAGCAAGCAAAGCUACGAUAAAGCUUCCACAGCAACAUGGACAACUUCAAAGAAUCGAGGGAGGUUUUUGGGGGAAGGAGCAGGGGAUAGAGAAAGAGAAGAGGAGAGAGAGAGAGAAGAGGAGGAUUAAGGGUCCGGCUGCAGUAGACGCCGGCAGGGCUCGUGGCCCAAUAGACCUUCUUCACAAGAAGAAGAGGAGAGCAGAAGAUGACGACAUCCCAAUUGAUGCACUUGUAAGAACUUAG